AUGCACUCCCCCUACCCAGAGCACAACCCCGACCCCUGCAACCUCCUGCAAAGCCACACGACAGCGCAGUUGAUCUUCGACGUGAUAAAGACGCUCCCUCGCCGCGCCCGAAUCCUCUUCAUCGGCUGCAAGUCCUCCCUGCCCUUAAUCCAUCACCUUGCUACCGCCGGCCAUGAGAUCCACGGGAUCGACCAGUCCAAGGAUGCCAUUGUCCUUGCUCAACGCGCCCCAGGCGAUUACCACCAGGUCAGUCCGAUGGCAUACCACCCGCCCUUCGAAUUCGAUGCCAUAUUCGCUAUUCACUCUCUUCAUCAUCUGAGCCAGUCGGAAACGAGAGAGAUGGUCUUGAAUAUGGCGAGGUGGUUGAAGAUGGGCGGGUCCUUGACCCUGGCGACGCCGGUACCCGCCCAUAGCAAUGCCCGCUUAGAAGGUGGCCAGGCCGAGUCACUAUUAUCUCGCGACGAAUGGAUUGCGCUUUGUGAAAAUGCAGGCUUCUCGCCGCCGGGCAGGGAAGCCAAUAUACCUGUACCGCUUAAUGCUGUAGAGCCAUCGAAGAUCCAUUCGUUCAUGAGCUUCCAUAAGAUACGAUGA